GCACAUCUCUGAUUUUAAUGAUAUACUAUUAGGAAGUAUUAUCCAAGAUCUUCGCUCUAGUCCUAAUUAUAUUCAUAUUUGUAGUUAUGUUAAGUGGUGAAGACAAAGAAACUGAAUCAACCUCAACCUUAGAGUGGCCACAACCAUGCCGCCAGCUCAAGUUGCCCGAGAUUCAGCUAGCAACCCGAAACUUUGAUGAGUCGUUGGUGAUCGGGCGUGGGGGGUUUGGGAAAGUUUACAAAGGAACUAUAGUUAGUGGGGGUAGGUGUUUAGUUGUUGCAAUCAAGAGGUUGGAUUCGACUUCUAACCAAGGUGCAGUAGAGUUUUGGGUUGAAGUUAAGAUGCUAUCUAAGUUAAGGCACUGCCAUUUGGUGUCUUUGAUUGGUUAUUGUAAUGAUGGGCGAGAAAUGAUCCUUGUGUAUGAAUAUAUGCCUCUUGGAACACUUGAAGAUCAUCUCCACAAACUUGAAAAACGUCUACCUUGGAAUCGACGACUUAAGAUAUGUAUAGGGGCUGCUCGGGGGUUAGAUUAUCUUCACACUGGUACGGGUAUUGAGCAAGGUGUUAUACAUCGUGACGUGAAGAGUUCUAAUAUAUUGUUGCAUAAGAGUUGGGCAGCUAAGAUUUCAGAUUUUGGGUUAUCUAAAGUAGGUCCGACGAAUCAGCCAUCAACUUAUGUCAACACAAUGGUCAAAGGUACCUUUGGUUAUCUUGAUCCAGAUUACUUUUAUACGGGCAGGCUGACGAGAAAGUCUGAUGUGUAUGCCUUCGGGGUUGUACUAUUUGAAGUCUUGUGUGGGAAACGGGCAGUUGAUAAAAGUAUUGAUGAGGAGCAAUGGGGUUUAGCAAGGUGGGCUCAAGAUUCAAUCAAAGAAGGGAGGCUAAAACGAAUAGUUGAUCCCAGUAUAAGGGGGAGAAUAUCGGCUAAAUGUUUAAAAGAGUUUGCACAACUUGCAGACCGUUGCUUGCAUAGUCAUCCUAAGCAACGUCCUACAAUGGCUGAGGUUGUAGUUGGUCUUCAGUCUAUACUAGCUUUACAGGAGAAGAUCAAUAGCGCAUCGCAUCCAAGGAGCAUCACCAUAUUUGGUAGAAAGAUGCCGAUGUUUCUCUCUCCAUCCAAUGGGGAAAACUAUGAUAGAAGCUUAAAUCCCUCCGAGUCUCACUUCGAUCCUGAUGGAAGCAAAAGUAGAAAGUUACACAAAUAUGAUUUUCUCACUAUCAGCAUUGCAACUGAAAAUUUCCGCGAGGCUAAUAAAAUUUGGGAAGAUCAAAAUGAAUCCAUGUACCAGGGCAUGCUACAAAAUGGACAAAGAAUAGCCAUUAAAAAACUCUAUGGUACCAUUCAUGAACAUAUUUAUAAUGAGUUAUCGGUGAAGCUUGAACAUGAGAAUUUGGUUCGGCUGCUUGGAUAUUGCAUAGAACAAACAGCUGGUUUCCUGGUCUAUGAUUUUGCCUUGUACAAAAGUCUGGAUCACUUUAUAUUUGAUCCUCUGAAGCGUAAUCUUUUGGACUGGAAUAAACGCCACGAAGUAAUCCUAGGUGUUGCCAAUGCACUUCUUUACCUUCAUAAGCAUGCUCCUGUUCGGAUUGUACAUGCUAAUGUCAGACCCGAGAACAUUCUUUUUAAUGAAAACAUGAACCACAAACUGUCAUAUGUAGAGUCAGAAAUAUAUUUAGCAAUCAAUGGGACUGACUGCAUUAAUGUGGAUAAAAUAUGUGGCACCAUGGGAUACAUGGCCCCAGAGUAUAUGAUAGAAGGUUAUGUCUCAACUAAGACCGACGUCUUUGGCUUUGGUCUGUUGGUUUUAGAAACUAUUAGCGGUCAGAGAAACUACAAGCACUAUCCACUGACCGAUGAAAACUUUGUACAGUAUACUUGGAAGAGUUGGUUGAAAGGAAGAAAUUCAUAUAUAAUUGAUCCAACAAUUGUUGUGGACUCAAGAUUAAUAUCAAGAUUCAUCCAAAUUGGGCUGCUGUGUGUUCAAGCAGAUGAAACUGAUAGACCAACAAUGGAUGAAGUUGUUGGCAUGCUGGUUAGCAGCUCGCCUCAAGAUCUUGCUCUUCCUAAAAAUCCAGUGUCAUCAUGGAUGAUAGAAGAGGUUUCAGAUGAUACGAAUGUCGCCUCUGAUGACUAUGAUCCUGGGCAAGUUGAGGAGUUUGAAUCUGAGCUUAUAAUAGAGAGAUGGCGGUAGCCAAGGGUAACCGAGACUAUUUUUGGGUAUGCAACGACACUAGAGGGCCAGGAAUGAUAACUUUAAUAGUCGAUAUAUAAAAUAGAAACCAUUUUUAAGUAAAUACUACACACAUCAAGAUUUGUGUAUCAGACUUUUCCUGAUCGAUAAUCACGUAUCAGAUUUUAUUCGGUACAGAUUUUAUCAAUAAAUUCAUUGUUGGCACC